AUGUCGAGUUACCAAGUACCGGCAACACCUCGCGUGAUCUCGCCCUCGCCUACGCCCUCCGAACAGAGCAAUAGGGACGGCUACUUCCCAUCAACAUCACAGCAGAAGACCGCAAUACCACCUAUCGAAGAAGAUGAAGCUGUACCAAACGGCUCUCUCGGCGCAGAAGACCCAGAAUUAGCACGCGCGCGAGCACGAAGUCGCUCUCCACAAAUCGAACGACGACCACAGACCCGAGCGAUGGGAACUGCUAAUGGCAGUAUCUCGAGCUCUGUCGCCGGAUCGAAACCACUGCGGAGUCGAAAGGAAGUGAAUAGGAUACAGCCGGUAGGAGGAGGUGAUGAUGAUGCAAACGGACUUCUAUCCCCAGAAAGUGCGCGAAAAGAAGGCGAAGGCUUCGGUGCAGCAUACUGGCGGAGUUUGUCAAGGAGUCCGUCGCCGUUGGGACUGAUACCUAUACAUCGGGAAUGGAGGGCUUUUGUGCAUAAGCAUGAGGUCCCCCGCAAAGUCCUCCACGUCUCGAUAGGCUUCCUAGCCCUCUACCUCUACUCCGCCGGCUACCAACCAACCGACAUCCACCCCUUGCUCCUCUCUCUCCUCAUCCCGAUCGGAGCAACAGACCUUGUCCGUUUCCGCUGGCCAGCGCUGAAUCGCGUAUACAUCCGCGCCCUUGGACCAUUCAUGCGCGAGGCCGAAGCCCACGACCAGUUCAACGGGGUUAUAAGCUAUCUAGCAGGUAUUUGGUUCACGAUGAGGUUCUGUCGGAAGGAUGUCGCGAUCAUGUCGGUGUUGUUGCUUAGUUGGUGCGAUACAGCUGCUUCCACGAUCGGAAGGGCGUGGGGAAGGUAUACACCCCGUAUCCGCCGAGGCAAGAGUCUAGCAGGUAGCCUCGCCGCUUUCGUUGUUGGCGUCGGCUGCGCUUUGCUUUUCUGGAGUGGGCUGGUCCCAGCUUCGACGCAGAACAACACCGGCAUCAAUAGUUUCGCUUUCCAGGGAAAUCUGGAUAUUAGUUCCCGGUUUCAGGGUUCUGAGAUGUUGAAGGAUUCUGGGAUGCUGCAGUCUCAUAUUAAGGUCACUGGGUGGCCGGCUUUGGCUGUGCUGAGUGUUAUUUCUGGACUUGCGGCGAGCGUGAGUGAAGCGAUAGAUUUGUGGGGACUGGAUGAUAAUCUGACCAUACCUAUCUUGUGUGGGAUAGAGCUUGGAGCGUUCCUGUGGGCUUUUGGUUAA